AUGGAAAAAUACAUUUUAUAUCAAAUGGAGUUAUUUGAGAACUUAAAAAAUUGUGAGAAAAAUUUAAGAAAGACACCGAAGGAGAGAAUUAAAAAAGCAUAUUUAGAAACUAGAUUGGAGCAAUUAGAAACAUUAUGGAACGAUUUUAAAGAAGGACAUAAAAAUAUUAUUUUGAAAAUUUCGAAAGAGGAAGACAGAAAACUUCCAUAUUUUAAAAAUGAAGUGUUUGAAGCGUUUGAGGAGAUGUAUAUCAGUACUAAAUCUAUGUUAAAGGAAAUGAUAGUGCCCUUUUUAAAAUCUUCGAAUAAUUCUCAAACUACCGGCGUUCCCGAUGUUAACGAUUCUAAUAAAAACUGUGAUAUUAAGUUGCCGAUUAUUAAAAUUCCAACCUUUACCGGUAAGUACGAGGAGUGGCAAACGUUUUACGAUUUAUUCUGUUCUCUCAUACAUAACAAUGAAGCUUUGUCACCGGUGCAAAAACUCCAUUAUUUAAAAAGUAAUUUAUCGGGUGAACCUGAAACUAUGUUACGUAAUUUUUCCAUAACUGACGCCAAUUAUGAAGAAGCGUGGUGCCAACUUGUGAAGAGAUAUAAUAACAAGAGGUUUAAUUGCAACGCCAUUUUGAAAAUUCUGUUUACACAAAAGAUGAUUACUGCAGAGUCUGCGAGUCAUAUAAAGCAACUUCUAGACACAACGGUUACCUGUUUAAAAGCGUUAUCGAAUAUGGCUAUAGAUACGCGUUCGUGGGAUAUAAUUAUCAACUAUUUAGUCAUUUUAAAACUGGACUCCGAGUCGAUGCGACAGUGGGAACAACAUGUAAGUGUCAAAUCUGAGUUACCUACAUGGUCCGAAUUACAACUUUAUUUAGAGUCAAGAUUUAGAUCCUUGGAAAUGAUCGAGUGUAUAGAGAAUAAGUCUAGAGGUAAGCCUAAUAUUUUGUCAAAUGAUAACAAUAUUAUAACAAAUUUUUGUGAACAUAUCGAUUCAAAUAGUACAUUAUUAGCUACAGUUCAAGUUUUAGUUGAGAGUAAAAAUGGUAAUAAUCAUGUUAUUAGGGCUUUGUUAGACCAAGGGUCGCAGGCAUCGUUUGUGACAGAAGCAACAGUUCAGUUACUUAAACUUUCACGUAAGUCAGUAAGUGGUUGGGUGUCAGGUGUGGGAGAAGGGCAAAUGAGAAUUAAAUACAUGGUUUCGUUAUGUUUGAAAUCACGCCACAAUCCCGAGUCUAGAGUUUGUGUAAAUGCAUAUGUAUUACGUUCAUUAACAACACUGCUACCUACCACUAAGCUACAUUCACCUGAGUGGUCAGACAUAGAAAAAUUAGAGUUGGCUGAUCCAGGAUAUACAACACCAGGAAGAAUAGAUAUUCUUCUUGGAGCCGAGGUUUAUAGUGAUGUAUUAUUAAAUGGUAUCAUGAAACAUCCUACAAGUAAUUUACUUGCACAAAAUACUAUUUUUGGUUGGGUAUUGUCUGGUAAGAUUUGUAGUCCACGCAACUCGGCAAGGAAUACGGUAUCUAGCUUGCAUAUACAACUUAAGGAUGAUGACAUUCUUAAGCUUUUCUGGGAGCAAGAAAAUGAACCGAACAUAAUUAAAAGAAGAUUGUCAAAGGAAGAAGAAAGAUGUGAAAAAAUCUAUGAUGCUACAACUACGAGGGAUAAGGAAGGGAGAUUUAUAGUUAAGUUACCAUUUAAAACCGAACACCCUAGCUGUCAAAAUGGCAAAUUAUAUGAGAUGGCUGCUAGAAGAUUUAUGAGCUUAGAGAAGAAGUUACAAAGUAAUCAAGAUUUUCAAAGAGAAUACAUAAAGGUAAUGCAAGAGUACAUGGAUUUAAAACAUAUGGUCGAAGUUGAUUCGCAACACAUUGACAAUCAAAAUGCUGUCUACUUACCACACCACGGUGUGCUUAGAGAAGACAAAACAACAACGAAGCUGCGAAUUGUUUUCGACGCUUCAUGCAAGGGAGUUAAUGGGUUUUCUUUAAAUGAUGAUCUGCUGGUGGGCCCAAAGCUCCAGCAGGAUCUACGACAUAUUUUGAUGAGAUGGAGGACUCAUAAGAUCUGUAUAACUGCAGAUAUUAUAAAAAGGUACAGGAUGGUACGUGUAGCAGAAGAAGACACAGAUUUUCAGAGGCUACUUUGGAGGUCCACACCCGAUGAGCAACUUAGACAUUACAAGCUGUUAAGACUGACCUUCGGGACUGCAUGUGCUCCAUAUCUUGCUGUGAAGUCACUACAAAGAUUAGCAGAUGAUGCAGAAUUUAAAUAUCCAGAGGCUGCAAAAAUAAUAAAAAAUGAUUUCUACAUAGAUGACCUUUUAACAGGAUGUGAAACAGAAGAUGAAGCCAUAGAAAUUUAUAAUAAUAUGAACAAAUUGUUGAACUCAGGAGGAUUUGAUCUCCAAAAGUGGAGUAGUAAUAAUCAAAAUGUACUAAAAUACAUCGGAGAAAAUAAGCGAGAUGAUCAUGAACUCCCUCUUAAAAUCAAUAGUCUGGUGAAGGUGUUAGGAGUAAUUUGGAAUCGUGAUACAGAUAAUUUUGAAUAUACCUUAAAUCUAGCAGAAACUAAACAACCUAUAACAAAGCGACAAAUUCUUUCUAAUAUAGCAAAGCUUUAUGACCCUUUAGGUUGGUUGGCUCCGGUUGUUGUGAUAGCAAAGAUUAUCAUACAGAAGCUAUGGAAAUCAGGCCUAGAAUGGGAUGAUACUGUGCAAGGAAGUUUAUUAGCUGAGUGGCUAAAUUUCAGAGAAAAUUUGAUACAUAUAAAAGAGAUUACUAUACCUAGAUCAUUACAUUUCUCUAGAACGUCUUCUGUAGAAUUACAUGUUUUUGCAGAUGCUUCUCUAUUAGCAUAUGGAGCAGUUGUUUAUAUUCGUGUAGUAAAGGAUGAAAAGGUCUUUGUAAACUUAAUAACAGCCAAGACAAAAGUAGCUCCAAUUGAUAAACAAAUUUCCAUACCUAGGCUGGAACUCUGUUCCGCGGCUCUGGCAGCUAAACUAAUUUUUGAGACAGCUCAAGUAAUGAAUAUACCUAAAGUUAACUUACAUGCGUGGUCUGAUUCCACAAUUGUGUUGGCGUGGCUGAAGGGAGGACCAGGUCGAUGGAAUACCUUUGUAAGCAACAGAGUUUCUGACAUAUUAAAUAUCUUAGACUAUGAACAGUGGGGUCAUGUUGCUUCGGAAGUUAACCCAGCCGACUGUACCUCAAGAGGUUUACAAGCUUCAGAAUUGGUGAAUCAUACAUUGUGGUGGAAAGGCCCUACCUGGUUGUCUACAAGGAGCAUGAAAUUAAAUUACUUAGAGAUAGAUGACACACAAGAAGAAGAGAAGGUCAAGACUUUAACUGUUUUAGUAGAAAGUGAACAAGAUUUGAUUUGGACAAAAUUUUCUGAUUUAUCAAAAAUGUUGAGAAUCAUAUCAUACUGUAAGAGAUGGUUAAAUGUUAUUCGAAGAAAAGAUAAAAAGCAAAGUGAGUCUAAAUUUGUUACAUUAAAUGAAAUUAAUAAAACUUUAGAAAAUUGUAUAAAACAAGUUCAAGGUAUAGAAUUUAAAAAUGAAAUAAAACAGUUAAAGUCUCGUGGAUGUGUUUCUAAGGGAAGUAAAAUCCGUAAUCUUUGUCCUAUUUUUGAUGAAAUAGGAAUACUAAGAGUUGGAGGUCGGAUUCAGCAAUCAAAGGUGCCCUAUGAUACUCAGCAUCCCAUAAUUUUACCUGCUAAGAGUCAUUUUAGCAGACUUUUAAUUAUGAAUGCUCACAAGAAAACUUUACAUGGCGGACCACAGAUGAUGUUAAACUAUAUCAGAUCAAAAUAUUGGAUCUUACGAGCUAAAGGUCAAGUAAAGAAGUAUUACCGUGAGUGUGUAACAUGUAUUAGAUACUCGAAGAAAACUACUCAGCAAUUGAUGGGUCAGUUACCAGAGGUACGACUGAAACCAAGUCGACCUUUUAGUUCAGCUGGCGUGGACUAUACAGGACCUAUCAACAUUAGAUUUUCACCUGGCAGAGGUGCUAAGGCCUACAAAGGAUACAUAUGUGUGUUUAUAUGUAUGGUAACUCGUGCCAUACAUCUAGAGGCAGUAACGGAUUUAACAACAAAUGGAUUUGUCGCAGCAUUUAGGCGUUUCACAGCGAGGAGAGGACAUUGUUCAAACAUAUACAGUGAUAAUGGUACUAAUUUUGUAGGAGCCGACAAACAAUUGCAAAAUAUGUUUAAGAGUGCUAAAUCUUCAACACCAGGUGAAUUAGCAGAGUUGUUAACAUUAGAGCGUACUACAUGGCAUUUCAUUCCUCCUCACGCACCAAAUUUCGGUGGCUUAUGGGAAGCAGGGGUUCGUAGUAUGAAGGUACAUCUUAGAAGAGUCAUUGGGGAUACAACACUUACAUACGAGGAACUAACUACAGUGCUAACGCAAGUAGAAGCAUGUUUAAAUUCGCGACCUUUAACAAUUUUGAGCGACGAUCCUAAUGAUCCCCUACUCCUGACACCUGGUCAUUUUUUGAUUGAGUCCCUGCAGACUGUCUCGCGCACUCUGUGCCAGGGAUGUGGAGACUUCUUUUGGUAG